AUGCCUCCCAAAUCAUCAUCCGGAAAGGACAAGGACAUCGCAGAGGAGGACGAGGUCCUCCAGGCUGUCAUUCUCGCAGACAGCUUCAACAAACGUUUCAAGCCACUCACGGUGGGCAAGCCCAGGUGCCUGCUACCUAUAUGCAAUGCCACGCUGCUAGACUGGACAUUUGAGAGCCUUGCGCUCGCUGGAGUGCAGGAGAUCUUCGUUAUAUGUCGAUCAUACGCCGACCAGGUCAAGGCCGCUAUACGGGACUCGAAAUGGUCGAAACCGAGCACAGGGCUGAAGAUCGUGACGAUCAUGACCGCGAAGGAGACGUUCUCGCCGGGGGACGCGAUGCGCGACAUCUACACGCACGGGAUCAUCACGAGCGACUUCGUGCUCGUCACGGGCGACCUCGUGAGCAACGUGCGCAUCGACGAGGUCGUGCGCGCGCACAAGGAGCGCCGCCGCACGAACAAGGACGCGAUCAUGACCAUGGUCGUGAAGGAGAGCGGCGCGCAGCACAGGACGCGGUCGAGGGGGGAGAGCGGCGUGUUCGUGCUGGAUCCUGAGACGUCGGAGUGUUUGCACUAUGAGCCUACCAUUGGCUAUCCCGCGACGCCGCUCGUCAAGAUCCCGCGCGAAGUGCUCGCAGAACAUCCAGAGGUCGAGAUCCGGUACGACCUCGUCGACUGCUCAAUAGACGUAUGCUCCGUGGAGGUUCCGUCAUUAUUCCAGGACAACUUCGAUUACCUGGACAUCCGGAGAGACUUCGUGCAUGGGGUGCUCACUUCGGAUCUGCUCAUCAAAAACAUAUAUUGCUAUGUGGCGAAAGACGGAUACGCCGCGCGCGUGGCGGACACCCGCAGCUACGAUGCGGUCAGCAAGGACAUUCUGUCAAGAUGGACAUUCCCUCUGGUCCCAGACGACAACCACCCGGGCGGACACUCGUAUGAGCACCUGCGUGGCAACAAAUACAUCGCGAAGGGUAAUUCCGUCGUCCUAUCACGGACAUGCAAGAUUGGAAACAACACCCUGAUCGGUGCCCACACCACGAUCGAAGCGAACGCUUCCGUGCACUCCUCGGUGAUCGGCCAGCGGUGUACGGUCGGCGCGGGAGCGGUGCUGCGCGAUGCGUACAUAUUCGACGACACGCAUAUUGGCGCAGGCUGUGUCGUUGAGGGCAGUAUCAUUGGGGAGCGGGUGCGGAUUGGGGAUCGUUGUCGGGUACCACGAGGGUGCCUCAUCGCUGAGGGCGUCGUCAUUGGAGACAAUGCGAAGCUGAGGAGGUUCGAGCGGGUGUCCAAGAAGCGGGACGCGGAGGAGGCAGCCGACGAUGAGGAUGCCGACGACGAGGAUGAGGAAGAAGAGGACUCCGACCUGGAGGAGGUCGAAGCUCACCAAGAAGGCGUGGAAGAGAUCGUAGGGAAGGGUUCGAAUGCUCUUGUCUGGCCUCAGGGCGCACCCGAGGAAGACGAUACUUUGGACGUCCGAGAACAGUACAACAACCAACGGCUUAUGCGCAUGUGCGACGAUGCGUCCGACCUCGAGCUAUCAGACGAAGGCUCAACAACAGAAGACGACUUCAGCGACACCGACACCUCCUACUCGAUGCGCUCCCGCGCCUCCUCCAUGACCUCCAACUCCGGGCCCUCCCUCUCGCUCAACCUCAGCGACCCCUCCGCCGAGACCUCCGCGAUCCACUCGCUCUCCUACGCCGCCGCCGAGACCGAGUUCCGCUCCGAAGUCGCGCAGUCGCUCGAGCGCGCCUUCGCCGAGGGCCACUCCGUCGAGAACGCCGCCGUCGAGCUCAAGACGCUCCGCAUGGCGUCCAACGUGCCCCUCCGGCGCGUGCGCGAGGCCGUCGUCGGCGCGCUCGUCGACCGCGUCCCGCUCGUCCCCGGGGACCCUGCGGCACAGCGCGCGGAGAUCGGCGGGGUCGUGCGCCGCUGGGGCGCGCUCGUGGACAAGAUCGGGGGCGUCGACGCGGUCGAGACCGUCGAGGUGCUGCAGUACCACUGUGCGGCGGCCCCGGUGGCGGCGCGCCAGGCGCUGUUCGCGCAGGUGCUCGCGGCGUUCUACCAGGCGGAUUUGGUGGAGGAGGACGAUAUUCGGAAGUGGCACGCGUCGCCGGCGGCGAAGGGCGAGGGCUUGAAGCCGGGCUCGCCGCUUGCCGAGGGCGUCAAGAGGUGUUGGGCGGUUGGGGCGAAGAUGAUUGAGCAGUUUGAUGCGGAGAGCGAGUCGGAUGAGGAGUCCGAGGAUGAGAGCGAGGACGAGGCGCCGCCAAAACCCCAGGCUAAGACAGCCGUCCCUUCGAAGACUCCCGCACAGGAGGAGAGCACGGAUGAAGAGAGCGAGGACGAGUCGGAAGACGAGGACGAGGACGAGCCUGCCCCGCCUACGCCGCAAGCCAAGACCGCGGCAUCUGUCUCAGCGCCUGCGAAGGAGGAGAGUAGCUCGGAGGAGGAAAGCGAGGAUGAGGACGAGGUUGCUCCCCCGGUACCACAAGCCCAACCCGCAGCACCACCAAAGGCACCUGCAAAAGAGGGAACCUCGAGCGAGGAGGAAGAGGAGAGUGAGGACAGCGACGAGGGAAGUGAGGACAGCGCUCCCUCCAAGCCCGCCGCACCUCCUGCCGCUGCGCCGCCAUCCUCUGCCAUUCCUGCCAUUGCACCUCUCGCUGCCACACCCCCUGCUGUGGCCCGUCCUACAGCCGCACCUCCAGCCGCGGCGCCUCCAACAACCCAACCCUCCACAGCGCCUGUCCCUCCGCCCACACAACCCCCCAAGGCGCCUGCGCCUCAGCAGGAAACGGACUCGGAGAGCUCGGAGGAAGACAGCUCCGAGUACGAGUCCGGCGAGAGCGAGGGCGAGGCUCCCGCCAAGACGGCAAGCACACCUGCCGCAUGACACGCCGUACUACUCGAGGCCCACGUUCCUACUUCUCCUAUGAAGUUGUGAACUCUAUCACCCUUCUUCAUGCCAAGGACGGGGAUAGGUGGCAGAUGUGCUGGGCCGGGUGGCGAGAGCGCGUGCAUUGCGACACACAUACAUACGUAUUUCGGGGACGUGAAGAUUGCGAGAAGUUAGCACGAACACAUGUUGUACUACGUAUACAGGCACACUAGAUACGUGCACC